AUGACUGCAGGGUUGUGUAUGUGUGUUCUGCUGGUGGUCCUGUGCACUAGCUGUUCGGGACGCCCCCACUUCUCCCCCCCCCUCCAAGAGGGCAGCCCUGCCCUGCCCCCUCCCUCUGAAGGACGUCUCGAAACUAAAGCCCACUUCCUCUCCGAGCCAUGCCUCAGACAUACUCACUCCUCUCCUUUGGUCAAUACCAACCCAUAUAUGGGAGAAGGCGGAGACUCCAGAGCCAAACUCAGUGAACUGUUGGCUAGACUCAUCUCCUCACAGAAAGGUUACAUCAGUGGGAACUCAACAGUGAACAGCAGAGCCAGCGGUCUCAGUGCUAACCACCUGAUAAAAAACCGAGACUACACCGGGUGGAUGGACUUUGGCCGCCGCAACGCAGAAGAAAACGAGCACUCCUCGUAGAAAAGUAGUCCCUCUCUACAAGAAUAGAACAACAAGUCACUGUCUCGUCAUGAGAGUAUAUUUAUUCUGUAUUUAAUGUACACUUGUUUGUAAACACUAUAUGAUGCAAUAUACAGUAUCUACAGUGACAAGAAAAAGUAUGUGAACCCCUUGGAAUUACCUGGAUUUCUGCAUAAAUUGGUCGUCAAAUUUGAUCUGACACAGCGUGCUUCAACUAAUAACACGCAAAUAAUUGUAUUCUUCUUGUCUAUAUUGAAUACAUCAUUUAAACAUUCACAGUGUAGGUUGGGAAAAGUAUGUG